AUGACGAACCGGCGCCAACUACCAGACAAUGACUUGGAUAUAUCUUGUGGUGACGUUUCUCGCGCCCAGGAGCGCAUGCUCGUGCGAAUGUACAAGCUUGCUCGUGGGGGCGACUACCAUGGUCGAGAGGACGAAGUAGCAGCCGUGCUUGCCUACCGCAGGAUCCGGAAGGCUGCUGCACUGCCGGGCACGCGGCGACGAGAGGCGGGUGAGCCGGUGGGGGCCUCGCCAGGCGCAAAGGCUCGAGAGGCCGCCGUGAUCGCAGAUGACGACGGAUUGCCAGACGCAAAUCUCGCGGAGGCAAUUGCCGACGCUGACGAUGCCUGUGCGCUCCGGAAGCGCCUGGCUGACACGGCUGACGACUCCGACGUCCGCUCCCGAGCCUCCGACAGUGCUCGGCCGCGGAAGAAGCCCCCUGAGGCCUCCCGCGCCACCGCUGCCACCGCGGCCCAGACAGUCGCGGAGAAGACGCGCACGAGGGAGCAGCGGUCCACCACAGGGCCUGCUCCCGUCCGCCACCCUGACGAGGACGGGUUCAUCACCCCUGCCAGGCGGCACACGGGAGGGGCGCCCCCCCCCCCUCCGCCCAGCGGCCUGCUGCCUCCGAUAGCGCUGCACAGCAGCGACCUGCCUCGUCCAAGGCGGCUGCUGCCCCUGCACCCACGCCUACCGAACAAGCUGCCACCCCUCGCAGGCGCCGCCGACGGCCGCGCCGGACCGCCCCCGCGGCGGACGGGCCGACCACUGAUGCCCCAUUGGCGCGGCAACAGUCCGCCUCUUGGUCUGUGCCCCAGCGGCGACCGCCUCCUACGGUCCGUCCCCAACCUGCUGUUCCUGCCACGGAGGCUGCCCCAGAGGCCCCCACAGCCCACGAUGCGGCUGAGCUCUGUUCGCUCCUGCGUUCAUUGA